AUGAAUGCGGUUGAACAUGAAAUGAAAUUGAAAUACAUGGGUGAAAACCAUUAUCAAGAUUCUAUGGUGGUGAUGAUUAAAGGAUAUGAGAUUGAAUUAUCAAGAAUCUUAACAGUCUUAUCAAUCAUUGAUUUGACAAGAAAUAAAUUCCAAGGAGAGAUUCCGAAAUCCAUUGGGAGGCUUAAUUCACUUUGGGGUCUUAACAUAUCUCAUAACAAUCUUACAGGCCAUAUCCCAACUUCACUUGGAAAUUUGAAAAACCUUGAAUCGUUGGAGCUUUCCUCAAACAAGCUUGUUGGGAAGAUUCCUCAGCAAUUGACAAAUUUGAUGUUUCUUGAGGUACUAAACCUUUCGAACAACCAACUAGCAGGACCAAUUCCUCAAGGGAGGCAGUUUUAUACAUUUGAAAAUGAUUCAUAUAGUGGGAACUUGGCUUUAUGUGGAAUCUCCUUGUCAAAGAAAUGCAAGGAACUACAGGCACUGCCACCGCCACCAACAAUCCAACAAGACAAGAAUUUAGACAAGUCAAGUGGAUUUAGCUGGCAAGUUGUAGUGAUAGGGUAUGGGUGUGGCUUUGUAUUUGGAAUAGUUAUGGGAUAUCUUAUGUUUCUAACUCGAAGUCCAGAAUGGCUGAUGAAAAUUGUUGAAGGAAAACAAUAUAAAAAGGUGAAAAGUGGUAUUAUUCCACAUUGUUUCGGAAACUUCAGCAAUAGUCUCCCAGUGAUGAAUUUAGGGAUGAAUGGCUUUCAUGGAACCUUUACUGCAGCAUUUACAACAGGUUUGGUCUUGAGAUUUAAUAGGUUUCAUGGUCACAUAGACUUUAAGACCAAGAGUAAAGUUCCUUUCACUAAGUUGAGGAUUAUUGACAUAUCUUACAAUGAGUUCAGUGGCCUUUUGCCAACCAAUUAUAUUGAAAAAUUUGAAGCAAUGAUGAAUGUCAAUGAACAUGCAAUGAAAUUGAAAUACAUGGGUGAUAUCUAUUAUUACAAUUAUGUGGUGGUGAUUAUGAAAGGACAUGAGAUUGAAUUUGCAAGAAUCUUAACCAUCAUCUCAAUCAUUGAUUUAUCGAGGAACAAAUUUAUAGGAGAGAUUCCGAAAUCCAUUGGGAGGCUUAAUUCACUUCAAGAUCUUAACUUAUCUCAUAACAACCUCAAAGGCCACAUCGCAACUUCACUUGGAAAUUUGUAA